UUGGUUGAGGUUAUUUGGAUGCGCCUUUGUUCGUUGCUAUCGUCUGUCGCUAAGAAAAUGACGGAGAAGAUUAAUUAUCCAUCUGCGGAACGCAACAAGGUGUACAUCCUGGACGUGCUGAAGAAACACUUCGACUCGUCACGACCGGGCGACGUCCUCGAGAUCGCUUCCGGCACUGGGCAACACGCCGCGCACUUUGCAAAGCACUUUCAAAACUUGACCUUCCAACCGACCGAAUACGAGGACGCCCUCUUCCGCAGCAUCCAGGCGUACGCAGCCGACGCCUUCCCCAAGAAGAACAUCAGACAACCGAUCCUCGUCGACGUGUCCAACGAUUGCGAUGGAUGGAAGUUACCGCUCAAGAGGUACGACUACAUGAUCAACAUCAACAUGAUCCACAUCAGUCCGAUCGAAUGCACGGAAGGUCUCUUCAGGAGCGCCGGGAAACUGCUGAAACCGAAGGGCGGUUUGAUGGCAACGUACGGACCGUACGCAGAGGAUGGCGUGAUCAAGCCGGAGAGCAACGUCGACUUCGACGAGGACCUGAAACGCAGAAAUCCCUCGUGGGGUCUGAGGGACAUCGACGAUUUGAAGAAGAUUGCCAAGGAGAACGGCAUCGAACUGAUCGAUAAAUGCGAUAUGCCUUCGAACAAUAAAUGCCUCGUCUGGAUGAAGCUCUGAUCAUCGUCAUCGUUCUUGUUUGUUGUU